CUUCACGCACGCUUUCACCGGGGACCCCGUUGCUUUCACCCACCAUCACCAUGACAGAGCCUCGACGGUCAACGCGGGCGCGGGCUCGGGAAGAAGCCGCGCCGCCUCCCCCCCCAGAGCCACCACAGGAACCUCUAGUGACACCACUCACGAAACAAUCGUUGAAGCGUAAACGCACCGCCGCCGCCAUGAAGGACUCAGCACCGGCUACACCAAUAUCUGAAAACUCCCUUCAACAGCCAAAACAAGUUCUACCAGUCCGAUUGAUCGAGGGCCAACCACUUCCGACCUUGACAGAGCCGCAACCCAUGGACCUGUCGGCAGAAGAAUACCAGUCCAUCCAGCAGAGUGGUAUCCUCGGCGCUUCCCUACAGCGGUCCCGCGCGGUAUGGACAUCUGGCUCAAACUUCCGACUAUUCCACGCCUUCUUUACCGGCCCGAAGAAGGUAGCAGAUCGAAGCGAAGAGGACAAGCAGAAGCUUCAGCGGCAGAAGGAGAUUCAGAAGAACUUUCCACAAUUAGGGGGGGGGGUAGAAGUUCAACUUGUUGUUGAGCCACAUACAUUUCCGAUCCGCAUGUACGGUCCAAGGGAGACAAUAAGAGCAGCUCAGAAGAAGCCGCCUACCUACGGCCAAUGGCCCAAUCAUAACCAAUACCCCACGUACCAGCAGUACAACAGCCCGGCGUCUCCAUACUUGAGGAAUCCCAUGCCACAACCGAGACCCAGUCAACCAAAGCCACCACCACCGAAGCCGGCUCCAUCACCCUCGGCCGGUGGAAGUACAACGCCUGCACCAGAUCCUGUCAUCCACAUGCUGGCGCAGCGGGCGGGAACAGAUCCAGAACUGAAGGCUGUAAUGAAGAUUGUGGCUGCAGGACAGGCUACCAAACAACAACUUGAAUUCUUCCAAGGUCACAUCAAUGAGUUGUCGCAGAUACUGCAGAGGCAAAAGGAAGCAGCAGCGCGAGCUCUUCCACCUCCAACACCGAAACCCCAGCCUCAAGCACCUCCUCCACCUCCUCCUCCACCUCCACACAUCCCGCAAGCUCCUCCAAGGCCAGUGCAACAAUUGCAAAAUACGCCAAAACAGUAUUCACCAGGCCCAACUCCGGUUCCCCAGAAUCAAAUGCCUUCUACACAGCUUCAUCAGUCACCAUAUAACAAUCCGCAUCCUCAGCACCAACCGCAUACCAGUCCCUACGUACCGACUAAUCAACCCCAAAGGUCCACAUAUCGUCCUCUGGUAUUUGAUUUUGUCGAGGGAAAUGGAGACAAAUUUUACUUCCCCUCAUAUAGUUACAUGGAAUGGCUCCCGAAUAAUCAGGGAGCGAAGUUCUCAUUCCUUAUUACAAAGAUGAAGCCAAAGCCAAAAGAACUCACUCCGAGCGCCACACUCACACCUAAUCCAAAAGCAGUCGCGGCUCCUUUGCCGGCCCCAAUUCAAAGCGCCGGGUCGAACUUGCCUACAACAAGUAUUGUAAAUCUUAAUACGUCUAAUCCAGUACCCUCUCAAAACAUGCACCCAGGGCCACCGCAACCUCCAGCUCCAACUCCAGCUCCGACUCCAGCUCCAACUCAAUACAUCCCACCUCCUCGGAUUGAAGACUUUGACGAGAAGAGUGAUAUCAGGGACAUUGAAAUCUACCAGCCCGUAACAAUCAUCAUCCUCACCAACAACUUCGAAAUUCUCCAAUCACUACCCCGAACCGUUCGACCUCCUGAUGUCGUGGAGAAGUAUAUGAAUGAAAUCUUUGAUACUUGCAAGCGGGCAGAGGAAACAUAUCUAGCGUUCAGGUUGCCGAGAGAGAGUGCUACGGAUGGUGAGGGCGAGAGAGGCGGUGCAACUCCCAUUGUGUCAACACCCAACGCUGAUGUGAUACUGACAGGAACGAGCGCUGGCGUUGACAAGAGGAAGGGAACAGGACGGUCAAGGAAGAGCCUAGUGUUGUGAGUAGCUCGACGUUGGCGCUCGCGAUGCGCGUAUGUCCUUAGGGAUGUAAUUCAGAAAGAGUACGGUUAGCCUGCGCUUCGCAUGAAAUAGCUACCCUAUCCUUCCCAAAUCCAUUAUUUUAGACGCCCAACUCGAUCAUAGACAUCGAGUCCCAGCCCAGGUAAAAGAAGUAAUUGAAGAAACAAGCAAUGUCAGCUUCCUCGCAAUUGAUGCAAUGACCCCGACCCCCAAAUUAUUGCACCACCAAGCAUAUGGUUCAUCUGAAGUAGAGACCUUUAGCGAGCUAUUGCAUAGCGAUGGACGGACCUGAGCCUUUUCUGUAGCACGUGGUACUUUGGUGCCAUGCGUAAUCUCCGUUCUCCAUCGUUUUAGACCACAUAAACCAUGCUUGCGGAGU